AUAUGUGUUUUGAAUUAGAAUUGUGGUGCGUUCAGAGCUAUGAAAGCGAAGUCAAUGCUUAAACAUGGUGGAUUUAAGUUUCGACAUGCAAGAGCGAAGCGUAUAACAGAAUGGGUUGGGUCGCAGACACUCUUCACUCUUUCAAUUCGAUUCGAUUCAGAGAAGUAUUCAACCAGAUCAUCACUCUCGGUUUGAUUGUAUCAUCGGCGCUCGUCAUAUGGAAAGGGUUAAGCUGUGUUACCGGCAGCGAAUCGCCCGUCGUCGUUGUUAUUUCCGGAAGCAUGGAACCUGGUUUCCGACGAGGUGACAUUCUGUUUUUGCACAUGAGCAAGGAUCCCAUUCGUGCAGGAGACAUUGUGGUUUACAGUCUAGAUGGAAAAGACAUUCCAAUUGUUCACCGUGUAAUUGAGGUUCAUGAACGUAAAAAUUCUGAAGAAACUUAUAUCCUAACAAAAGGAGACAACAAUGAUGACGAUGACAGGGUUAUGUAUAAUUAUGGCCAGAAGUGGUUACAAAAACACCAUAUUAUAGGAAGAGCUGUAGGGUUCUUGCCUUAUGUUGGUUGGGCUACAAUAAUAAUGUCUGAUAUUCCUGUUCUCAAGUAUAUACUGCUAGGGGCACUGGGACUGCUAGUUUUAACAACGAAGGAAUAAGGAUGCAAUUCUUGAUACAUGGCUUAAAUGGAUUUUAAGGACGAAGAGUGUAACAGAGUAUAAAUAAAUUAUAUAAGAAUAUCAUAAUCUUUUUUCUUUUUCAAAUAUAUACAUACCUCAAAGUUACAUA